AGCAUAGCCCCUAGUUUCCCACCUAAGCUUGUGGAAGGCGAGCACCAGACAGUAACUGCACCUUCGUUCCCGGCGACUCGUUGCCUGCGAUAGCACGGCCCGAUAGGGUAGAGCUCACCACCAUGGCUGAGCCGAACAACACCCCGAUGCCUGCAAGCACUCCUGUGCCGGCUUCGACACCACGCUCAUCGUCUCCCGCGCCACCUGUUCCAGGCGACUUCUUGAACGCGAACCCGUCCAGAACUUCAACGCUCGCGGGCGCCGCCGCUCCGAGACGGCCCAUUGUUCUCCAUAUUGGUGACCCGAUCAAGUAUAACCCAAAGACGUAUGCAGAGUUCAGCGAUGCGUUUGAAGUAAUACGCCCCACCGCUGCUGAGCGUGAGCGUGGCGAGUUCAUACGGGCCCUAAAGGAGCGCCGUUGGGGCGACUUCAGUGCCAUUUUCCGGCCCUUCUGGGGCACCGGCGGCGAGAUGGGCCGAUGGGAUGCGGAACUCAUUGACCUGUUGCCGGACACGGUAAAGGUUUUUGCCAGCGCCGGUGCCGGUUUCGACUGGGCCGAUACUAAGCUGUUGGGCGAGAAAGGCAUCAUAUACUGCAACUCCGGUCUGGCCGCCGCGGAAGCUGUCGCCGACUUCGCCGUGGCCAUGGUGAUCUCCACCUUCCGCCAUCUCCCGUGGUGCAUGACAGCCGCCACGUUCCCGCCCCUGACCUCCUCAUCUGCCGACCUCUCCGACGCCGACGCCGACGCCCGCGCGCGGGAAGCCUUCCAAACCUGCCACGCCCGUGCGACCGCCGCGAGUCAUAACCCGCGCGGCCACGUCCUCGGUAUCAUCGGCUUCGGCAACAUCGGGCAGCAGAUCGCCGCCAAGCUCGGCAACCCGGCCUUCGGCAUGCGCAUUGCCUACCACGACCUGGUCCGCAAAUCGCCCGCCCUCGAGGCCUCGCUCAACGCGACCUUCCACCCGACCCUCGACUCCCUCCUCCAAUCCUCCGACUGCAUCGUGCUCGCCACUCCCGCCUCGCCCGACGGGAAGCCCCUCAUCACGGCCUCGGCGCUGGCUCGCUUCCGCCGCGGCGCGCGCUUCGUCAACGUCGCCCGCGGCUCCCUCGUCGACGAGGACGCGCUCGCCGAUGCGCUCGAGUCGGGCCUCGUCAGCGCCGCCGCACUCGACGUCCACGCCCGCGAGCCGCGCGUGAACCCCCGGCUCGUCGAGAUGGCCACACGCCUGCCCCGCCCGGCGGGAGACGGCAUCGACGACAGAUUGCCGGGCCCGGGCAGGGUCAUGCUCACCUGCCACAACGCCGGCGGCACGGUCGAGACGCACGCCGGCUUCGAGGAGCUGAGCAUGAGGAACAUCCUGGCCGUCUUGAGGGGCGGGGAGCCGUUGACGCCGGUGAAUCUGGAGUAUCUGAAGAGAUGAAGUUCUGGGGAGUGGCGCUGGACCGGGGUCGAAGUUUCCGCAUGCACAAAAAAAAAA